CCCUCCUUGCAGAUCAAAUUAUCCGUCUCGCCACCACCUUCACCGCCUCUAUUACACAGCGAUUACACCCUGCCGUUUCACCGGCAUUACACCCUGCCAUUUCACGCCGUUUGUCUGGCGUUGUUUGCAUCACCUUUUCGGCGGUGCUUCCUCGUCGAUAGGCUCGCUGUUGAAGAUUAUUAGAUAGCCAUCCCAUUUUCAUCAGUUUGAUCAGUAAAAAAGAAAGAAGAGAUGGCAGAGCGAAAGGUGUUGAAUAAGUACUAUCCGCCGGAUUUCGAUCCGGCAAAAAUUCCAAGGCAGCACAUCCCCAAGAAUCGGCAAAUAAAGGUUAGAAUGAUGCAGCCAAUGAGCAUUCGCUGCAGCACAUGUGGAAACUACAUAUACAAGGGUACCAAGUUUAAUUCACGUAAAGAAGAUGUUGUUGGAGAUACGUAUCUUGGAAUUCAAAUAUUCAGAUUCUAUUCUAAGUGCACCAAAUGUUCAGCCGAGAUUACCAUGAAGACAGAUCCUCAAAACUCUGAUUACACUGUUGAGUCGGGAGCUGCAAGAAAUUUUGAGCCUUGGCGUGCGGAAGAUGAGGUUGGUGAGGAGGAGCAGAGGAAACGAGAUGCUGAAGAGAUGGGAGAUGCAAUGAAGUCGUUGGAGAAUAGAACAAAUGAGUCCAAAAGGGAAAUGGAUAUCCUUGCGGCACUCGAUGAAUUGAAGUCGAUGAAGUCAAGACAUGCACAUGUAAGCGUGGAUAAAAUGCUUGAAGCCUUGCAGCGAUCAGCUCCGGUACAGCAGCAGGAGGACAACCUUGAAGAGGAAGAUGAAGCCCUUAUAGAAUCCUUCUUCCAGGGAUCAAGAGAAUUUAUCCGCAGAAUUGAUGACGAUGAACUUGAUGAUGAUGAUGAAAUGAUUCUUGCAGGUCCUGACAAUGGCAAAUCUUCAAAAAAUGGCUCUAAGAAGCAGAAAGUUUUUCAUGGAGUUUCUGAUAGCCCAACAGAUUACCUGGCAAAAAGCAGUACCAUUGAAAAGUUGAUUAAUAAAAAAGAUGUUCCAAGUGGCACUUUUGCACUCAAGUCUUCAACGAUAAAGUUCUCUGUUGUGAAGAAGCAAUCAGAAGCCAAAACGCAAGCAAAUGAAAAAGAAGAGAAGGCUGAAACUACAAGUGGUAAUGGAUUACAAUCAUUAUGCCAACAGUAUGAAGACAGUAAUGAAGAAAGAGUAAUCAAGUUUCGUGUUUGCUAUCAGAAUGAUCUCUGAUUCUAUUUCUCUUGUAACUGGUUGGAUUUAGUAGCUUAACAGGAUCCUCUUGCUGGUUGUUUUUAUAAGACCAGCUAACACAACCCAUAUAUAGAUUGAUGAAAACCUAUUUGUGUUA